AUGUAUCGUCGGUCAUUGGUCAAGAUAAUAAGACAUCAUGGUUUACCAGUAUGUAGAAGAAAUCUUGGAUAUUCGAUAGCACGGUCAUUCUCCUUUACUACUUCCACAUCGUCUUCAAACAAUGAACCGGAAUACAGCAAAAUAUAUGCACUUCCCUUCAAACUUUCAGCUGAACGCGCACCUCAAGUGAUGUUCUUCAAAUCAUUACCUACGGUGAGUGACACUUCACAUAUUCGAAUUCGAAAAGCAUAUCUUCCUAUUUGGUAUUACGACAUGGCGAUCACAGCAAAUGUAACUAGGGAUAGCGAUGGCAAGGAGCGUGAACUGUUGGGUGUAGCAUUGGAUGGAUUUUGGACAGGUCAUACGUGGGAUCCCAUGUGUUAUCUCAGCUUUGGUUUUCCUGUAGUAUUGGAUAAGACAACCUUGCGACCUUUUACAAGCAUGUAUGAUAAUGUGGAUGAUAAGGAAGAUAUUGAAGUGAUUCCAUUUUCAACAGAUCCUUUCCAAGAUCUUGGCGAUCAUGUGUCAAAAGCACUUGAAGGUGUUCAUGUAGGUCAUUUGAAACAAGCGAUGACUAUAGGCAAGGCGGCAUUAGCGUUUGGUGCAGCGUAUCCUUUGUAUUUCCCUGUAUAUAUUGGUCAGGUGCGCGACAACAAGGAACAAGUGAUUGUGGUGGCUGGCCAUAGCGACAAUCCACCGGUAUUCAAACACACACCUGGCAACAAGGGGGCAAAACAAUGGUUAAAUGGUGGUAAUUGGAUUCGAUUGGAUGUGACAGAUCCUUCAUGGCGUGUUGGUGCACCUAUUUCGCCUUUACAAGAAUUAUGCAAGAUCUUUAUGGACAAAGUAGUCAACAAGAUGGAUGAAGAUGGUAAUCCUACGUUGGCCAAUACAUCUCGACGACCAAUCCAAUGGGAUGAUACACGAAUUCAGUCUUAUGUCUCAUAUGAAAAGGACAACAAAACAUAUUUGAAGCAGCUGUUCAAGGUAUGGGCUCAACAACGUAUGCUUAGUCAUUUGGAAGGGAUGGAUGGUAAUCGACGGACUUUUGGCAUGGGUGCAGAUGGCUUUGUGGUGAAAACAGCUGAUCAAUUCAAGACUGAAAUUUUGAACAAGAUUGGUGAUGAAUUGGAAACAUUGGAGAAAGUAGAACCUCUCUGGCUUAAGGAAUACAACCAACAACAACAACAGAUCAUGGACAAUCAUACAUCCGAUAUUGACAACUCCAACAAACAAAAUGAUAUGUAG